CUCCGCCCCAUGCGUUAUGACGUAAGACGUCGGCGGCGUGUCAGCCAAUGGGAGCGCCUCGCGGAGGCCGCUGUUGCUGAGUGAGGGAAAUACGAACCGUCAGGCCGGGAGCGGGCGGCCGCUAUGCCGAUCCGCGCAUACUGCACCAUCUGCUCCGACUACUUCGAUAACCACCGGGAUGUGGCGGCCAUCCACUGCGGGCACACCUUCCACCACCUCUGUCUACAGCAAUGGUUCAGUUCUGCUCCAAGCCGCACCUGUCCUCAGUGCCGGAUCCAGGUCAGUAACCGGCAGAUAAUCAACAAGCUUUUCUUUGAUGUUGGAUUAGAGGAAGACGCGACGCUUGAUGCGGAGUCACUGAAGAAUGAAGUGGAUAGAGUAAAAGCCAAUCUGCUUGCUAAAGAAAAGGAGAAGCGAGAAUGCCAGGGUUUAGUGGACUCCCUGCGGGAGAUGCUGGAUGUGAGGAAUGUCACCAUAGAGUGCCUGCAGAAGAAGGUAGAGGACCUGGAGAUGCUGAGCUCAUCGCUGAGGAAACAAAUGAAGUUCUUCGAUCUGCAGCAGUCCGAGACUAAGGCUGCCAAGGAGGAGGCGCGCAGACUGCGCAAUAAGCUGCGCUCGCUGGAGAACAUUGAAGUACUGUUGCAGUCGCAGCGUCCGGAGGUGGAGCUGAUGAUCAGAGACAUGGGAUCAGGGGCAGCGGCCGUUGAACAGCUCGCCAUAUACUGCGUCUCAUUAAAGAAGGAGUAUGAAAAUCUGAAGGACGUGCGGAAAUCAUCUGCGGAAAUGACAGAGAAGCUGAAGAAGGAGUUAUUUUCUUCUCAGAACAAGGCACAGAAAUCCGAGGCUGAACUGGGGAAGGUGCGGGAGGAGCUCAGUGCCUCACAGAAGGAGCUGCACAAUGCGGACAAGGAAAUCAUGAGCUUGAAGAAAAAAGUGGAGUUUUUGCAGAAGACCCUGAGCACCCCGACUGCUACUAACGAAGCCAUCAGUCGCCUCAUAUUUGAGAGCCCAGCGCCAAUCGGACUGCAGAGGCCAAGACUCCGCCCUCCGGUCUUGGGGGAUGACAUCAAUCUUGACCUCGCCUUUGAUAUUGACACACCCGAGUCCAACCCACAGAAACUAGUUGUCUCUCCCUUUAAAAGGUUAAAGUUGGAAAGCUUCGAAUCUUCCCUGAGCCGACGCACUGACAACCCCACGCAGGAGUCUAAGGGGGGAACAACCUUUCAGAUAAACGCUGACGAGGACAAUCUCGCGUUGCCGUCUUUUAUAAAGAACUCGCUGGUGCGGAAGAGGCCAGUGGGCAGUAUGUUGAGCUCCUUUCACAACACAGGAGUAAUAAGGACGGGAUUUGAUGGCUUCGGUGGACGGACAAAGUUUAUCCAGCCCAGCAGUCCCGCAGAAAUCCGCCCUCUGCCUCCCAAGCUGAAGAGAAAGAAGGUGUCCAGACCUCCAGCUUCCACCAGCACCAAUCAGCCAAGACUGGAAGACUUUCUAAAGUGAACUGUUGUGGCUUUAGCUUUGGUUGGGACUGUGCGAUCCUUAUUAGCUAUGAAUUACUAUAGUAUUAUAUAUUGGAGCCUCUGUCUACAUAGGUCUUCUGCUGCCACAAUGUGUAUGAAGACUGAAUCUUCCACAGUGAAUAGUAAUGUGGGACAUCCCAGCAAGACCUUACCGAUGAGGGACAUCCCAGCAAGACCUUACCAAUGAGGGACAUCCCAGCAAGACCUUACCGAUGAGGGACAUCCCAGCAAGACCUUACCGAUGGGGGACAUCCCAGCAAGACCUUACCGAUGGGGGACAUCCCAGCAAGACCUUACCGAUGAGGGACAUCCCAGCAAGACCUUACCGAUGGGGGACAUCCCAGCAAGACCUUACCAAUGAGGGACAUCCCAGCAAGACCUUACCAAUGAGGGACAUCCCAGCAACAGUAUUCUGCCUCCAGCCUCUAACCCACCAGCCUGCCCUCCUAUGAUAACUGAUCCAUGGCUAGCGGUGGCUGUAAUUACUGUCGUCUCACCUCUUUAGGGAAAUUCAUUUGACACCUUUUUAUUUUCUUGCUGUAGUUUGUGAAAUAUUCUGCACAACAAACUACGUCAUUCCGCAAUGACCCUUCUAGGAGCCAUUGAUUGAGUACAAGAGGAAUGUAUGCAGGUUUGUGUUCAGUCUGUGGUAAUCUGUGUUUGUAUUCAGUGUAAAUAAAUAUGUAUAUAUAUUAUUGUAAAUGUAA